GUGGUGUUAAAGGGUUACAUAGUUUGACCCCUGGAGAACCUCGAUACAAGCCUAAGGUAUAUAUAUAUACACACAGGCUUCCCACCCCCAAUGAAACUAUCUAACGUUGAUGACUGAGAGGCGACGACGAUCGAGGUAUCGGAUAAUUAUCAAAUGAUUAAAUAAGAGACGAGUGUCGGGCGGCCCGGCGUCGUCUGCUCCUCAAGGACAGAAGGUGACCGGCAUAAUGCCGAGCUCAAACCGUGACAUUGUUCAGGAACUGCAAGAAAUACUUCGCCUGUGGGAGGAAGACCAGGCCGUCGCUUCCAAAGACCCCACACCCCAUCUCGUCAAACUAUGUGAAUUAUUUGAGCGAGAAACUAUAAACUUCUUAAAAAAAGAUCCAGAUCCCUUUGAUGAUCGCCACCCCGUGACUUCUGAACCAGAAUGUGCCCUCGGUCAAAUAUUACGUGCUCUGUUUAAAAAGGAUAAUUUUGUGACUAAAUUAGUCAAUCACUAUCUUCGUGAGAAUUAUUUUUCUAGUUUAGGACUGACCCAAGACUCGACCGAUCUUAACACGGCUGCAUGUCGCCUCUUGCUAGACCUGCUUUAUGGCCUGGACAUACCUCAGGUGUUUAAUGAAUCUGAAACAACCGUAAUGAGACUCUUCUCGUGGUCGGAAAAGGGGCCGGAACCCCUCCGCACUUAUGCCACUGGUCUCCUUGCAGCAGCCAUGGACAUUCCUGAGAUUGCAGCUUCUUUCAGAGAUUAUAACACGCACCUUGUACCCAUCAUGUUGAAGCGUUUGUGGGAUCUGAAAGAUGAAGGUGGUGGGACAGAGGAGGAGAGAGGUUCAGGAUGCAGUGUUCCCGAGCGCCCCUUUGCCCACCUCAACAGCGAGUCCAUCAGUGCACUGCCUCUCACAAAUGGAGAAGAUGCUGACCACAAAACUGAUCAUGAAUCCAGUCCUAAAAAGGUUAAAAACUCUCACCAAAGUACUACACCAACCAAAAAUACCAACACCAGUGGGACAUUCAACAUAUUUGGUUCUCCGAAGGCGUCACGAGACGUAGGCGAUCCCCUGCUUAACUCCGAUUGUUCUAACUCAUCGUGGGCAGAGCUGAGUAGCUACAUAGUGGGAACGUACCAAAUGUAUCCGAUGACUCGUGAUACCCAACAAAUAUUUGUUUUAAAAUACCUGCGACCCAUUGGUGAAUACCAAGAGUCCUUGGGUCACGUGUAUGAGCACAAUGCUCUUGAACUGAUCUUCCACUAUAUGAACGUCAGAAAAACUGGAAAUGCUCGUCUCUCUUUUGAAGGCUUGCGUUUCCUUGGAUCACUUCUCUUUCAUAAGAAAUUUUGCCUAGAGUUUGUCAACAUGGGCGGCAUCCAGAAGCUGUUACAGGUCCCUCGUCCAUCUCUUCCAGCAGAUGGUGUAGCACUAUGCCUCUGGUAUCUGGCUUAUUGUGAAGAAGCAGUUGAGAGAAUCUGUCUCCUUCCAGAUAAUAUACUCUCUGAACUAAUCCGUUAUGCCUUGUGGCUCUUAGAGUGCUCACAUCAGUCGUCUAGAACGCAUUCAGUCAUGUUCUUUGGAAUGGUCUUCCGUUUUAGAGCCGUUUUAGAAAGAUUUGAUGAGCAAGAUGGCCUUCGUAAGGUUUCCAACAUGGUCUCCACACUCUCCUUAUUCCAAGAUGUUUGGGAACAGGAUUCAUUAGAUGAGCCCAAUGAAGUGAUGAUGUGGCAGACGGUCAAGCAAGUUUGCCUAAGCAUCAAACACUAUUUUGAGGCUCACCUCUCCCUUAAAGUCCAGCACUUGCAAAGGAUGACAGCCAGAGAACACAGCUCGGCAUCUCAACACUCGUCACCAGCUUACAAGGCGGUGAAUGUGACGCCUGAAGUGAUAGAACGUAACAUAGAAUACCUAUUGGAAAACCUGCCCUUCAGAGCAAGAUGGAAACCUGUAGAACAGUUUGUGUCUUUAAAAGGCCUACAGCUGUUGCUGCAACUAGUGGCCAUGGUGCUCAAUGAAUCCUUCAGUCCGAAGAUGGAGACCGCAGUGUUUGCACUGGACACACUGUAUGUGUGCAGUGUGAUGCCAGCCGUCCAAGGUGCCCUGUGUGAUAAGCUAACCAUUCCGGCCAGUGACGAUCUUCUUCAGACGCUCGACCCUCAGGAAGUUCCAGGCUAUGCCGUGUUGGUUGCAUGUAUUCACGAGAACACGCAAUCCAUGACAACGUCUCCCGAAGUGCAGAAGGCUGCGCUUAAUGUCCUCAUCAACUGUCUCUGCGCGCCAAUUUACCGGCCUGGGAGUAGUGUCAGCAGACACAGUACGUCAUUAACCCCUAAUAAGAAGAAGAUGAGCAGUGGUGAAGAUGUAAUCAACAAGGCUUGGGAUUGUGUGAGGACAAGCAAUGGUAUUAUGUACUUGCUGAACGUUCUCCACAAGAAAAUGCCCAUCACAGAUGCUGAUUGCAUCAGAGGACUCUCAUGCAGAGCUCUUGUGGGACUCUCGAGAAGUGAUGCAGCACGACAGAUCAUGAGCAAGCUGCCUAUCUUCACAGCUGGACAGUUGCAAUUGUUAAUGAAAGAACCAAUUCUGCAAGACAAAAGGAUGGAGCACGUGAAGUUUCAGCGUCAUGCCCUGGAAUUGAUUAAAGCGGUGUCGGGACGCACUAAACAUGAAGGAGACGCUUCCACAGACAUUUCCAUGCAAAGUAUACACAGGGCUGAUGUGGUGGCACAGACCAGAAUAAGUUUCAAUAAGAAGCAGUUGUUGCAGCUGAUACAGACGCACCUGGCUCAAGAGGGUUAUGAAGCUGUGGCGAUGGCUCUCCAACAGGCAGCCCAUCUUCCACCCCUUCCACCUUCUGUACCCCACACCUCUAUGGGACCACCUACCAGGAAUAUGGUCACUCCUCCGCCAUCUGUCAGAGCACAUCGCCUCUUAUCUGGCAGUAGCUCUCGUCACCUGUUUGCGGCAACUCUCUGCAAAGGUUCGUCUCCUGCAAACAGUGGCACCUUAGCUGGCAUUACCUCGGCAACCACACCUUCCCCUUCCCCUCCACCAGUGGCCAGUCCAUCAACUCUUGCCAACACAUCUAGUCCAGGACCCUUACACAUUAAAAUUAACAGAGGUAGCAAAAGAGAUAGCCGAGGUACUGCCUUGACAAACAAUAGCACUUUAUUCAACUUCAGCAAAAGUGAAAUGAUUUGUAAUAGCUGUAAUUGUAGUCAAGGAAAUAUAGGAAGCAUAGGGAAUUCUGCCAUGUCACUACCCCUCGUGACGAAUACAGCCCUGCUCAGUGAGCCCACUAUAAGUUUGGAUAGAAUUGUUACGGAAUAUCUGAUUAAUCAGCACGCCCUCUGCAAGAACCCAGUUGUUACCUGUCCAACUUUUGACCUCUUCCAACCACACAGGUGUCCCGAGCCUAAAUCGCUGCGAGCUCCACCUACGAACUUCACCAUGCGGUAUGCCAGGAGAUCGUACAAUGUGCCAUUCACCGGCCUCGAAGGCUCUUGUAAUAAUCGAAAGUUUAUCUACAGUAGAUAUCGACCUAUGCAAACUUAUAGAUCAACAGACGACGACAUUUUCCUCUGCUGUGAAUUUACACCAGAUGACCAGUUCAUUAUCGUUGGAACGACCAGAGGAGAAGUGAGAUUAUUUAGUAAAGGCGGGAGUGAGGAAGGAGUGUACACUGUCCAUCAGGGAGCGGUGUCCACGUUAGUACCGCACAGCUCCGGCUCUCUACUACUUACCUCCUGCACCGGCGUCCAUGAAACAUCUCUCUGGAGUAUCACCGACCUCUUUGAUGAGAAGUUUACGUUACAUGAAUGCCAGCAUGCCGAUUUUAGUAAUGCUCAAGAUAAGAUUAUCGGCACGAGUGAACAGACAGCCAAACUUUACGACCUCAACACGAGUCAAGUUGUGAGCGAGUUUACGCCCAAAUUAUCCAACCAUUACAACAUUAACAAGGCUGUUUUGGAUCCCACUGAUGAUCUCAUUCUUACUGAUGGCGUGUUGUUUGACGUACGCACUGGUAAGCAGAUCCACAAGUUUGACAAGAUUAACCCAAUAUUGAAUGGUGUCUUCCAUCGCAAUGGCCUAGAAAUCAUUAGCUCGUCAGAGAUUUGGGAUCUAAGAACAUUUCACCUAUUAAGAACAGUGCCAGUGCUCAAUCUCUGUGAUAUUGUCUUCAACCAUACCAAUGACGUUAUUUUUGGCAUCACGGUGGGCGAUCAGCUUGACGAGUUUCAAGAGAAUGCCUUUGAGACUUCGUUCAAGACUGUAGAUGCAGCAGAUUACUCCAGUAUAGCCACAGUUGAUGUUCGGCGGGUGGUAAGCUCAUUGGCCAUCAACAGAAACGACACACAAAUAGCAUUGGUCGAGACAGAGAAUGGUACAGAUGAUUUGACAGAUGAUGCUGUUGUGAGAGUGUAUGAGGUUGGCAUGACCCGGCAAGAUGACGAUGAGCUGCCUGAUGAUGAGGAUGAUGACGACGACCUCGGCAAUGAAGAGGAUGAUUCCGAUAGCGAUGAUGAUCCUGAGCAGAACUCCCAAGAUGAUAAUGAUGAAGGCAGCCAGGAAGGAGAUGAUGAUGAGGAUGACAAUGAGAAUGAUGAAGAAGAUGGUAACUCUAGUAUUACUUCCCAGCUUAGUAUUUUUUUUGAAGGUGAAAAUGAGAGUGAAGAUUCCAACUCAUCUGAUGCAGUAUACUUUGAACUGAAUGGAGAUGGGAAUCCUGCGGAUCCAUCCAAUGCAUCAUUGAGUGCAUGGCUGCAAGAAAAUGACGAAGAAGAGGAAGAUGCUGAAGAUGAGGACUACGAGCCCUCAGAAAGCCCAAUAAAUCCUAUCUUGAAAGCUGUGGGAGUUAGUGUUGACUAAGUCAACCUUAGGCCUCUUUUGUGGCAGUGUUAGCGACAUAACUGCUCUCUGCCAUUUUGGGUCUCCUGCCUCAGGCAACCUCUUUUUUUUUAUAGCAGAGGAAACGGGUUCAUAAAACUGAGGAAUGACUCGUUCUUGAGCUUGUUGAUGUAUGUUACAAGGCCCAACUAACAUGAUGUAUAGAGCCUUCACAUAUAUUAAGGACGGGGGUCAACGUUCAAGAAGCAUUUAACAAUCGGCAGAAAAACAUUACCCCUGAGUACCAAAAUACAAAGCAAAUGUUCUUCCAUAAAAAUAAUAAUGUUUUAACAAAAAGUUGGUAAACUACUACCAUCUCAUUACUUAUCCUCCUUAUUGCAACAUUUUAAAUUCUGUAGUGAUAGUUAUUGAGCAUAUUUAGUUGUGAGGUAGAAGAUUCCUUAUAGGAAGCUUAAGGUAAAAGAAGUGUAAACACUGUGGUAUUUCCUGUGGAUCACAUGAGCAGUGGAGAAGUCUGCUGAAGACGUCAUUGUAUGGAGAUGAUAACCCGUGUCCUUUAAACAUAUGCUGAAGAAGUUCCUGAUGGAGGUCGUGCUCAAGAUGAUCAUUGGGAUGGAAAAUGAGGCUGGCUUUGAAGGUGAGGCAGGUAGAAUGACUAGUGGUAUAUACGGCAAGACUAAGGCAUAUCGGAGGGGAAAAUCAACACCUGCCUGAUAUAACCACAUGCAUCUUGUGAUACAGGCUACUUAACACCUCAGUAAAUGAAUCCAGUUAAUGAUGGCUCAAAAUUAUUUAUUUAUUAUUUUUUCUUUUUCUUUUUUAUUAUUUUUUUCUGCGUUUCACUGUUGCAGAUCAAUUGCAGACUCAUGAAUAUACACAGGGUCAUGUUGCAAUGAAAAAUAAGUAUCAGCCAAUAAAUGAGGUCAGGCUUCCACAUCUUUUUUUAACACUAAUAUUUAGAAGGGUAACUGAACAGUUUUUAAAAUUGUUAAGUUUUCUGGUGACACCUGACAAAGUAAGGAGAGGACAGUCCCAGUGGACACAAUAUCCAAGAGUCCAGGUCUGUGGUCGCUGGGGACAGGUCUGUGGUCGCUGGGGACAGAACUGUGGCUGCUGGGGACAGGUCUGUGGCUGCUGGGGACAGGUCUGUGGCUACUGCGGACAGGACUGUGGUCACUGGGGACAGGACUGUGGCCACAGGGGGACAGGUCUGUGACCGCUGGGACAGGUCUGUGGCCGCUGGGGACAGAACUGUGGCCACUGGGACAGAACUGUGGCCGCUGGGACAGAACUGUGGCUACUGGGAACAGGACUGUGGCCGCUAGGGACAGGACUGUGGCCUCUGGGGACAGGACUGUGGCCUCUGGGGACAGGACUGUGGCCUCUGGGGACAGGACUGUGGCCUCUGGGGACAGGACUGUGGCCUCUGGGGACAGGACUGUGGCCUCUGGGGACAGGACUGUGGCCACUGGGGACAGGACUGUGGCUGCUGGGGACAGGACUGUGGUCACUGGGGGCAGGACUGUGGUCACUGGGGGCAGGACUGUGGUCACUGGGGGCAGGACUGUGGUCACUGGGGACAGGACUGUGGUCACUGGGGGCAGGACUGCGGUCACUGGGGACAGGACUGCGGCCACUGGAGACAGGACUGCGGCCACUGGAGACAGGACUGCGGCCACUGGGGACAGGACUGUGGUUGCUGGGGACAGGACUGCGGUCGCUGGGGACAGGACUGCGGCAGUGUUUGGCUGGUGUGGUCAAAGUUCUUGAGAGGCAAGUGUGCUUUGAAUGAUUCCAUAUUAGUUAUCGUUCACAUGAUACACAAGUGAGGAUUCUUAAAAUGUACCUGUGACAGGGCUGUAGGACAAAUACUGUAGGAAUUUAGAAAUUUUGCUUUAUGAUUUCAAAUGCCAUGUAUUUUGUGUAAUUUUUUCUAUAAUUAGAUAUACUGUACUGUAUUUCAAAACAUGCAGGAUUUGAUAGAGAAAUGGAAGAUAAGGAUACUGCAUUCUGGUUGUAGAUUUCUUGUACAGAAAACAAUAAACAAAACAAGGGGGCAGCUGCCACAGACUUGAAACAGUUUUGCCACUGUUUUUAUUCCUGUGAAGAGUAAAGCUCAUUUGAAAAUGUUAUUAUCUGUAUAUACUGUAUUAUGUAUUAUGAUGUUAUAAAAAAUAUUCAUGCCAUA